AUGUGGUCAACUCGUUUUUUUGCGUCCAUAGGUCCGCUCAUUCCUUUUCUCCUAGGGUCUUGGACGGGAUAUUCCUUGGGGCUGCUGACCUACUGGAAGCCAGCACAAAAAACCAUGUUAACGUGUGCACAACGGUACCCCAGAAAUUCUGGCACACAGUUCGCGCUCGGAAGACUGGACAAGCGUUCCAGUGUAUCUCCAAAAUGCCAGCGCGACAGUAGUGACCGACAUGGCGACAGCAAGAAUAGACUGGUGGAAAGGAAAACGAACGCGUUGGAAGACUGGAUCCAGCAGGGCGGUCUCGGUCGAUGGACGUGGAGCGUUUUGGCGGCACAAGCCUGCCGCGCAGACAUUGAGGAGCUCGAAUGGAAACAGCGGGAGCGUUUUGUGGAGAGCCAAGCGAGCGAUAACAAUGCCCGCGACAUCGGAGACGAAGGAGUCAUCCAGUAA